CUAAUUUGCAUGACUUGGCACCUUGCAAACGGGUCCGUCCCCGUCGUUCUGGUAAGAACGGAUGCAUGUGAAACACCACAACCCUUUUCACUCAGUGUUUAAAGUUUUACACUGACUGCAUCUGAUUACUUCAGCAAUCAUAACAGUGAUAAUAGUAAUAAUAGUUAUGCAAACAUUCUUGAAAAUUUGCUCAAAAUGUGAGGUGAAGUCAGGUUUAUUUUGCUUGGUUUUCUUUCCUGUGACUUUAUUACCAGGGUGUGGCAGGUUCAAGUCAGGGAAAGCAUUCUUUCCAAUCCAAACAGUGAGCAUCAUUGGAAGCAGUAUGCAGUAUUAUUGUUGCUGCUGAGAGGUAAUUAGUUGUGUCUCUUUGUGAAUGUCCGGGUGCAGAUGAAGGGCAUCUGAUGUACAGUGCUGAAGGGGAGGCAGAAAGGAGUGAGAGGUACUUUGACUGACUGCCUCUCGCUGACUCUCUGUGACUCGAAAUUCCUCCCCUUUUAUCAGCGACAUCACAAACCAGAGAUGAAGAAAGACCUGUUUCUCUUCUGCCUUUUGGUCUCAGCACUGGCUACCUAUGUACAAAGUAAACCUCAUGGAAAAAAUCAGCAUGUCAAACACAACCCAACUCCAAAAGAGCAGCAAAAGUCAGUGAAGCUUCAUGACAGAAACGAUGCAGUUUUGCCCACAUUUCUGCCUUUUGAGUCCAGCACACAGGACCCAGAGGAUGAGGACAAGAGUGAGGAGAAUGAGAGCCUUGUGGAGAUGAAGCAAGCAGGGGCAGAAAAGCUUGAAGUUUCAGAGGAAGGUGAGAAGAAUACACCUUUGCUCCUGAGUGAGGAGGCACUGUCUCAGCUCCUACAGGUCCCUGAGGAGGAGGAUGAAGAUGAUGAUCGUUCCAAAAAAGACAAAGAACUGAAGGAGAUGGCGGAGGAGGGAAAGAAAGAUGGACAAUCUACGAUGAAUGAAGAUGGAACUGAAAAAAGAGAAGGUGAGGACAAGGUAGAGGAUGCAAAUGAGACCGACAGCAGUACUGAGUCAGAGAUACCAGCUGAUUUGGACUAUGCAGCUGACCGUGAUGCUUCAGAGCCAUUACCCACCAAGCUGGAGGAGGUCAAAGCUUCAACCAUCAACGCUAAGGAAAAAGAGACAAAGGAAACAGCUGAAGAUGUGAUUCCCACAGUCACAGUUGACUAUGAUUCUCAGCAGUCCAACACUGACUCUGAGGACAUUGCAGAAGAACAGGACGUGCCAGCAGAACAAACCCAAGAUGAGCCUUUACAAGACUCUGAGAAUGACAAUGAACAAGAGAAGAGUGAUCAACAGGAUGAGAAGAACAGCACUGAAUCUGAGGAUGCUAGUCUGUCUAGUGGCAAGAAGACAAAGCAGAAGAAUAAAGGCAACAGCCAUGGGAAGAGCAAACCCAAGAAGCAGCGAAGCAACCAGCAGCUGGAGAAGAUGCAGAGUGACCAAGCCAGUGCAGUGGAAGCACCUGAAAAACAUAAUCAUAGGAAAGACCCAGAACAACUGGAGGAGCCCACUGAAAAUACAGAGCCUAAAACCAGAAAGAAGAAUGGGAAAUGGUCUCGCUUGGUGGGGAUGAAUCCUGUACAGAUCAGGGCCGCUAUGGAGCUUUACCCUGACGUUCGACCCACCCAUCGGCCCAGCAGACAAGGGUUGCCAGAUGACCCCUGCGAGAACUUUCGAUGUAAAAGAGGAAAGACAUGCAAAAUCAAUGAUGAGAACAAACCAGUCUGUGUGUGUCAGGAGCCAUCAGAAUGUCCUCCCAGUGAAAAUGAUUUUGAGCAUGUAUGCGGAACUGACAAUAAGACGUAUGACACAUCCUGUCAGCUUUUUGCCACCAAGUGUGUCCUUGAGGGGACCAAAAUAGGCCACAGACUUCACCUGGAUUACACUGGAUCCUGCAAAUUCAUUCCUCCAUGUCCAGAGUCUGAGCUGGUGCAGUUCCCUCUGCGUAUGCGAGAUUGGCUGAAGAACGUGCUUUUGCAGUUAUAUGAGCAUGAAUCCAUGUCUCCUGGCUUUCUCACAGCUAAACAAAGUAUCAGGGUUCAGAAGAUCUAUGAGAGUGAGAGACGUCUUCAUGCAGACGAUCACCCCGUUGAGAUUCUUCAGCAGGACUUUGAGAAGAACUACAACAUGUACAUCUAUCCAGUGCACUGGCAGUUUGCACAGAUGGACCAGCAUCCUUCAGACAAGUUUCUUUCUCACUCUGAGCUGGCUCCACUGCGCGUUCCCCUAGUUCCAAUGGAGCAUUGUACCUCAGUCUUUUUCCAAAAGUGUGAUGCUGACAAGGACAAAUUGGUCUCAUUCAAAGAGUGGUGCAGCUGCUUUGGCAUUAAGGAAGAGGAUAUGGAUGCCAAUCUGCUGUUCUGAGCAAGAGCAAAUGCCUAAACGAGCAUCUCUGAGCUAAUAGAAGCAAAGGUUGUCUUUUUUUAAUUAAAUAUGACAGAUAUAACAUUAGAGGUCUGUUCAGUAAAAUGCUACUGUUUUGUAUGUGUAGAUCUUGAUGGACCAGUAUGUCUAAAAACCUUUUUUGAUGUGUAGCAUAUAUGUGUAGCAUAUUGGAUAAAAAAAAAAUCAAA